ACAUGAAAGUACAAAAAAUGUCCCAUCAUCCAACUAGCACCACUCACAUCUUUCUUUAUGAAAGCAAAAUGAUUAAAUCCAUGCAUGGGUGAACCCGUCUUUAUCUAUGCAUGAAGGUCAGUACAUCACAUAUCGAAUUCUUCGUUCUCUUUAUAGCUGAAUCUUCCAGAUAUAGAUUACCUGCAAAUCCAGUAAGUGUUAAGAGUGAGAAUUGUAACACAAAGGAGUCUCAAAAUAUUCAAGAAAUAGAAGAUGAAGAGGCACAAGCAGAAGUAGAAACGUGGAAAUACGUAUUUGGGUUCUCCAAUAUUGCAGCUGUGAAGUGUGCAAUAGAGCUUGGAGUAGCUGAUGUCAUUGAAAAUCAUGAAGGCCCCAUUACCCUAUCUGAGCUAUCUUCCAAGCUUGGAUGUGCUUCAUCCUUUCUCAAUCGGAUCAUGAGGUUCUUGGUGCAUCACAAUAUUUUCAAGGAGAAAUACACUAUCCAUGGCACAGUCGGUUAUGUACAGACACCUCUCUCUCACUGUCUGCUCGGUAAGGGAGAGAAAAGUUUGAAACCUCUGUUUUUGCUAGAAAGUAGCCCGGUGAUGCUGGCGCCAUGGCAUUUUCUAAGCAAACGUGUUCGCCAAAAUGGAAGUACUGCAGCGUUUGAGGCGGCUCACGGCGACGACAUAUGGAAAUACGGCGCUGCAUUUCCUGAUCACAGCAAGCUAUUCAACGAUGCAAUGGCUUGUCAUGCUAGGAUUGCUGUACCUAGGAUGAUUGAGAAAUGUCCAGAAGUGUUUGAUGGAGUAAAAACUCUUGUAGAUGUUGGUGGGGGUAAUGGGACUUCUCUGAGCCUGCUGGUUAAAGCUUUUCCAUGGAUUCAGGGCAUUAACUUUGAUCUUCCUCAUGUGGUCUCCACCGCAAUAGAAUGUGAUGGCGUUACACAUGUUGGUGGUGACAUGUUUGAGAGUGUUCCAAAGGCUGAUGCUGUUGUCCUCAUGUGGGUUCUGCACGACUGGAAUGACGAGGAAUGCAUUCAAAUCCUAAAGAACUGUAAAGGAGCAAUUCCAAAGGAAAAUGGAAAGGUGAUAAUGGUUGAAGUUGUUGUAGGAGAAGAGAAAGACGACAAGCUUGAGUUCGUGAGGGUUAUGCUGGACAUGGUGAUGAUGGCUCAUACUAACUCUGGCAAAGAGAGAACCUACAAGGAAUGGGACUAUAUUCUUGCAGAGGUUGGCUUUAGCCGUCACACUGUAAGAUAAAUUGGAGAAGUGCUUUCUGUCAUCGAGGCCUUCCCUUGAUCACCAACUCCAAGUUUGUUCUACGUGUGCUCAUUAAUCCCAUGCCUGGCGUUUGCUUUGCUUA